AUGUCGACUGCGACAACCGCAACAUCGCAACCACAACCAUCCCUGCCUGAAAAAGACGACGAUGAUUGGGCGAGGCAGCGCGAUGCCGAGCAAGGGAUUGCAGAUACUCUUCGUGAGUUAAAAGCAAGAAUCGAUAAUUAUCGUACAGUCCUUGGAAGACGACAGCGCGAGGUAGUCGACCGCAAUCGCACUCGUACUGAUAGACUCGCCGAAUAUUUGACAGUAUUCGGCGGUUUCCAUUUAUCUCGACCUUAG